GCGGUUUGCGACGAAGGCGCCAGAAACUCCCUCAGUUUGAGUGAAACUGUGGUGGGGAGAGGACAUACUCGUUCAUCCCCGAGUGAUAUAUCAUGGAGCUUUCUUUAGUGGGCGAUAGGGUUUAUGCAGCCGAAUGCAUACAGAAGAAAAGAGUGAGGAGGGGUCGUGUGGAGUAUUUGGUCAAAUGGAAGGGCUGGUCUAACAAACACAACACAUGGGAGCCGAUUGAAAACAUCUUGGACGUCCGCCUGCUGGAGGCCUUCGAGGAGAGCCAACGGGAGUCCGGAGGAGCUAAACGUGGUCCCAAGCCCAAGACCAAGACCAGAGAAUCACACCACCAGAGUAGGGAGAACACGAGGAGCAGCACUCUGGCGGCGGCGGCAGCAGCGGCGGCGGAGAGGAGUACCAGCAGCAGCAGCAGCAGCAGCCGUGUCGAGCUGGACACUGGUACCGAGGAGGAGGAGGAGGAAGAGGAGGAGGACUACGACGAUGACACCACCGAUGUUGACACCGCCGCCACCACCACCACUACUACCACCACCCCCACCGCCACAACUACCACUACCACAACAACCACCUCAUCAUCAUCCUCCUCCUCUCCCUCUCCUUCCCCAUCUACCGCCACCACCACAGCAACUACCACUACCACCACUACUACAAGUACCACCACAUCAUCUUCCUCUUCACCUCCUGUCACUACGCCUCCACCGUCCGGUAAACGCAAAGCUGAGCCACUGCGAGAUGGCAAAUUGGGCGUAGCCAUCGUUAAGGAAAGUAGAGACAGUCCGCCGCCCAAGUUGCCGCGACUGACCUCUCCCAAAUCGCCAUCACACGCCCGAGAGGACCAACACAAGUCGCCCAAAACGUCGCCCAAAACGCCGCAGUCGACAGGCACGCCCUCCGCACCAACGUCCCCAGCACCUCAGACGCCCAAGACGCCAAAAAGUCCGCCUCCCACCACCCCGACGUCAGAGCCUGCGACGGGCAAGGCGGCCAGCGAACCUGCGGUGCCAGCAACACAAGUCCCAGACACCCCGCACGUCAAUGGCGACGUUCUCGAGCCCCUCACCAACUCCACGGAACCUGCCGUCAAGGAGGACCACGAGGCUGGCGUCUACGAAAGCGAGAGUGUUGAAGAAACUGUGGAAGGCCCAGGCGAAGAGGAGGAGGAGGAGGAGGAAGAGGAGGAAGAGGAAGAGGUGUUAGUGGCGCCGGACCCGAGUUACUGGUACAAGAGGAACCCCCUAGCAGACGAGAUCUUCAUCACCGACGUGACGGCCAACCUCAUCACCGUGACCAUCCGGGAGUGCAAGACUCGCCAGGGGUUCUUCAAGGGCACUGACGAGAACCAGAACUCCCAGUCGUCCAUCAAAUGAUGUGGCUCCCGACCAUACCCUCGCUGCUGGGAACGAGCAUGCAACUUAAGAGAAUCACUUGCUAUGUGUAUACUGUGCAUACCCGUGGAAAUGUUUUGCAUAAUUAAAGUGCGAAGAAAGCAAUGUGUACGUGAAGUAGUGACGGCUGACGUGCGGCUUCCGGCAGCCCACUGUGGCAUCCUCCCCUCUCGGCACGCCCCCUCCCCCCCUUAACACUGAUGCGUUCAGUGAUUGCCAGUUGUUUUUCUUCGUAAUUUCAAGGAAUUCAUUCUGGCUGCGCAUAAACUUAACCCAUCAUUCUGACGAGGUUUUUUCAAGGUGUUUGAGACACCAAAAAGUAUUAACAAAAGAUAGUCUUCCAGUAUUGGUGGUUGGCAGAUCAGACUACUUGAGUGGAAUGUUCAAGUACUUUAAAAGUGUAUAUUGGCUAGAAUAGACAUUUGUUAAUAACUUAAUUCGGUUGUGGGUGUAGAAGUAAAUUCAGUCUACGUUUAAUAUUAAUGAGUUAACAAAUUCUGGGACCAUUUAUGUUAUUCAUUAACAUGUUGAUACACAGGAAAUUUAUACCAACCCCAGCUUCAAAGCUGAAGUGAAUUAAAUAUGAAUGAUGCCAUUGGGGAGAAUGGACUGUUAUUGCUGCGCUCAAGAUCCGCACCUUCACUUUACAGAAAAUGUGCUGUGUACUAGUGUCCUUAUUCCACUGUGAAAUAUGUGUUUUUGGCCAACCUUAUUACGCUGUCAGUUUAAAGCAAGAAGUUGUGAGAUGUCGAAAAGGAAAAUGCUUAUAAAUGUACGAUACUAAGGAAAUACACUUUUUAUGAUCUUGUAUUAAAUAGAAAAACAAAUUCUUGAGUUGUGAUAUAAUGAGUACUGUGAUGAAGUAGCAAAGAGCAACUGGUUUGUGUUGCGGAAGAAGCACCUGGAGGAUGCAAGACAGUCGAACCUCGAGAAGGCAAUAGGCUUACCUGGUUUGCACAGGAAGUGGGGUUGCUCGCUUUACAAAUUGAGUGAUAACCAUUUUUUACAUAAUUUGUAUGUAGGUCCCGCUGGUUUUUGCCAGACACAUUGUGAUCAAAUUCUGUAAACUUAUGGCAACACUCGCAUAAUUACUAACACGUGAGUUAUCUCCACCGGUUUCUAGAUAAAGGCUCGAGUGUACAAUCAAGAGAUGCUGAAGGUGUACCUCCAGCAGUAGGUGUAAACAAAGAAUGGUCAACUAGAGUCAUGGCUCGACUGAGUAGAGGAUAUUAUAUUAAAUGAGUAAUAUACUUUAGAAAUUAUUUUGUGUAGUUGCAAAUGAAAUAAUUAGUGUCAGAGCCAUGGAGUUACCAUCCCACUUACCCUAGCUCUGUCGAGAUGGAAUUUUGGUGUUAUAACUGUGGAACCAAUUUCCUAAUGCCUUGGCGAUGGAUUGUAUGUGCGUCACAAGGCACCCUUUAUGCAGUUAAUGAUAGCAGUGAUCAUGGUGUCGGGCGAGGUGUGUGCCUGUGGUCGACAUGGGGAGUAGGUGGCCCUUUUGUAUGUUAAAUGGAUUCCUCCUUACACUCUUAUAAUCCAUCAUGGAACUCGUGGUACAAAGCCCUCAGGCUCAGCCUUUUUUGCUUGUGGAUGCCUUCUACUGUGUUCGGGUGUCCACACGACUAUCACACAGAAUAUCCAUAUUUCUGUGCCACACUCACCCUACGUCAUUCCCCCAGAGUAAUAUUCUUGGGCCACCUCUCCUAUAGCUCUGACAGUUGGCUAUCUCCUCGUCCAUGAUAAUAUAUGUAUACUGUAUUAUUUAAUAUAUAUAUACAUUAUAUAUAUAAUACAUUAUAUGUAUAUACAUGUGUAUAUAUAUAUACACAUACAUAUACACACGUGUAUAUAUAUAUAUAUAUCUACAUAUGCAUCCCAUUUUAUUGUGUACAUCCAAUGACUUUUGUUGACUCUAUAUGACAUCAGUGACCCGAAGGACUAAAUAUAUGAUGACUUAAAAUGAGCUUUAUACUUUUAUGACCAAUUUGUGACUACUUGUUCCUCCGUUUGUUGGAGUAUGCUUAAUAUUCUUAUAUUUUCUAUUUGUUUAUAUUUACCUAAGUCAGUGCGUUACAUUUUAAUGGAAGACUUUUUAUAAUAUUACUUAAGGAAAGAAUGUCUGUCUUCAGUCAAAAUAUACUUUGUGUAGUAGUAGUUUCUUUUCCAGGGGAAAAUCUGUGUAUAUGGGGCAUGAGAGAGCAAGAUAUAUAUAUCUUAGUCUGUACAUAUACUUGAUGCAUUUUGUUAGUAUGUAACAUAGUAAAUAUAGCCAUGUGGUGUGUGUAGUAUAUACACAUUGUACAUACACACACCACAUGAUAAGUUAUAUAUACAGUGUAUGACUGAUGUAUAUAUACCGCGUGAGCCUGGUAUAAUCAGACCUUGCAAAACCUUGUAUAAUAUAUGCCUUGCGAAACUGGCGUAUAUACCUGGUGAAACUGCUUAUCCCAAGAAAGACCGGUAUAUAUAUACCCCAAGUGUGAGACGCGGUGUGCGCGCGCGUAUAUCUGCCCAUCCUAAAUACCACUUAACAGCUUGUUCUUAAUGGAGAGCAUUCUGCAAGUUGCCACUACUCUUUGUUGCUGAUCUUAUGAAAUCUCACUGAUUACGACAAUGAAAUGUUAAAAUAUGUAGGAUACUUGAAUCUGCUUUGGAAAAACUGGAGUAUAUAAUGUCUAUCCAGUUUGGAUAGUUGGAUCAAUAGCAAAGUAAUAUUGUAACCAAACUUAGUAUUUCCUUAGCAGGUUUUAUCAUUACUUGCUCAGAUGCUAGCUUGAUCAGUUAAGAUUUCACAGCUUCUCUACUCUGACCUUUCUUGAUUUGUCUCUGUUUCGGCCACAUUAUCCACACGGACGCCUAAAUUUUCAGCCGAGAAUCUAAAUUGACAUUAGAACUACACGGGAACAAUGGCAAAUAAUGCCUUUUCAGACGUUAAACUGUACUUGUAUUUCAUUAAAAAACGAACCUGUGCCUCUUGAGCUGUAACAUUCAGUAGUCUUUAUGUAUCGGAACCUUCUUGUUUCUAGUCAUUUUCUCAAAGUAUCACGUGUGGGAUAUAAAGGACUUUGUAGCAUUAAGGAAUUUAUUUUUGUUUAUCUUGAAAGAGACAUGAGCGGUGCAAAGCAAAAUAAAUUAUAAGACAAAAUUAUAUACAGUAUUUAUUUUCGAGGAAACAUAUGCAACAUUAAUAUUUAUUAAAGAAAAAUAUUUUGGUUUGUUUUAAUUGGAUUUAACAUUUUGUGACGCUUCCUUCGUUUCGUGCAGUGGUUUUGGUUCUUGCUUGUGUGUAGUCUCUCUCAUACAUGCUUUCUCGCAGCCAUUAUAAUUGAUCGCAAGAUCCUGCAGGACCCGCCAGUCACCCAAAAAUUACACAUGGUACCUUAGUUGAACAGACAUGGCGUCAAACAUUGGCCCAUGAAAUUAUCCCUUUUCCUGAAGCUUGGAGGCCCCUUUCCCCUUCUUUUACACAAGUAUGAAAUUAGCUCGUGGGCGUGGUAGAGAAGUCAGGGUGGAGGAUCCAGGAGCUGUGGCAGAGUACUACAGAAUUGGACCAAGUUACAAGCCUGGCUCCAGGCUGGGCUUGAGGCAGUAGAACAACUCUCGGAACCGUCUCCAGGUAGAAAUGAGGGUGGAUGUAGAGUGGGUUGACCAUCCUUUUCGCCCGCCUAUCUAAUGGUCGCCGAUGAAGCUCUCUUCCCUUUAGGUCAUUUCAUUUCUCGUGUGUCUGGCUACUGCAAAGUCUCGUGAUUUUCCGUACUCUGCCCACUUGAGAGCUGUUAAUGAAUUAGUUUAUCAUCACUUAAAUUGCAGAUUGAUUGGAUUACUUUUUUCCGUUCGAGUUGGUGUCUGGGUGUCUGCAUUUGAAUGUGUGUGACGGGACGCUUUAAAGCCUUCCCCACCACCACCUUAACCACACCUAAACUUAUUCGUAAAGUAAAAAAAAAUAUUAAAAUCUUUAUUCUUAUUUUACAUGUGUUCAUUUUUAUAAUGCACACAGAAAUAUUAAUGCUUUGGCAAUGCAGACAAGGUUGACACGUGGAGAGACAGUUCAUAGGAUGUCUUUUUUGCUUGCCUGUUCCUCUUUCGUUGUUUAUAUUACUGCUGUUUCUCCUCCCUCACUCAUCUUCCUCCCCUCCUACUGUCUUCUGCGUCUUGCUGGUGACCAGUACCGCCUGGCGUGUGUGGAGGGGUCAUCCUUGAGGUCAUAAUUGGUAUCCUGGUUGCCAUAAUGAAGGGUGGGGCGCCAAACGCCUCCACUUGUUAUGGCGGCGCCCGUCAUACGCUGUGGCCUGCAUAACAUUUUUUUCCUAAAUGAUGGCCGAGUAAAUAGCCAUGAAAUUACAAUCACAGUAAUUUAAUAUGAUGACCAGGAUCCUUUGUUAAUUGAAGGAAGUGUUUGAGAUGAAGUGGAUGUGCUUGCGGGUGUGUGGUGGAGACAUCAGUACACAGGGCACGUUUGUGGCCACCUGUCCAUACAAGGCCAACACCCCCUCCUCCCCCUCCAAGGCCGCCACCAGCCUGCAGUGUGACUUGCGUUGCCGCUGCUGCAGUUUGAAUCGAGGAGCCGUUAGGGAGGCGGCGGCAGAUUUAAAUGUGCACCUGCAGUUUGUGGAGAGGAUCGGGGGGGGGGGAGGGGGGCUCUUGCGACGGUUGCAGGUGCAUGGCUGCGAGCGCCGGUGAUGUAUAUACCUGUAUUCCUCCGCGUUCAAAGGGAGGUUCAUCCCACAAUUGUUUAUUGUGCAGGCACUUGCCCCUCUACACUACACUCAUUUCCCAAGCGUUGGCCGACAACUCCCUCACCCUUCCCCAAUCUUGCUGAAUUAGUUUUCAUUGUGUUUCCUUACCCUUCUUCAUGCCUCUGUUCACUUUCAUGUACUCGGAUACUAAACCUACGUCUUGCCAGCCUGCUUCUCUAACGGAUUCGUCUCGCCGUUCGUCUAGAAGACUAGAGUCGAUGUUUCGGUAAAGCUGGAACAGCCAAUGCUCGCAGGGGUGGCUCUUUUAAUUAACUAAGUGAGCAUUGCUCUCUAUGUGUAAAUGCAAAUUGGUAAAUCACUUGCAUUCUGCUUGCCGUCAUCACUGAUCUCUUGUCUUAAGUUAUCCUGAUCCAAGAAGACUUUACGACACGGCACAAGAGUUUCUAAAUUCGCUGCAUGAGGAGGCAUACUUAAAAAGCGGGGCCCGAGAGCUUAUUAGGGGCUCGCUCACGGGUCCGUGCAACAUGGAAAUUUUGUUGAAUCUAAAUUAACAACGAGAGCUGGGGCUCAUUUCUUGCAGACAAGCAUCUCUGCUCACGACCGUUUUCUCGAUUUGACAACGGAUAAAAAUCCAAACAAACCUAAUUUAUAUAUAUUAAGUCCGAUGCAUAGAAAACAGUAGUUAUGAGCCGUUACUUUUCACAGUAGUCUGUAUUUGUAACGUUGGUUAUUAUAGCGCAAGAAACAAAGCUAUUAGUGAAGUCCGGCUGCCCAACCAACUUGCCCAUCUACAACCCCCCCCCCCUCCCUCCGGACGCCUAAUUUACUGUGGUUGCCAUCUGGCAAGUCUGGAUUCCUUUGUGCCGUCACUUGUGUAAAAGUAUGUCCACCUCUAGCGUCAGGGGGCGCGCUCAUUGCUGCACUCAAAUGUUCUCUAUUUUACAUUUUUCACCUUACAUCAGAUUCUAAUGUGACUGGCUGCUGUUUUUCCUUCACAUAAAUGUCUAUAAUGUGAUAAAAUAUAACCAUAAUUAUACUCUUCACGCCCCAAGGUUUUACGAUACCUAAACAGUUACUAACGUAACUUACACUCAGACAUGCUAACAAGUGCUCCUAACAGAUGUCAGGCGUAUACUUGCACCUGCGUAGUUGCCCACCCUUGUAUAGCCUACACCUGUUCGCACAUGUUCUAAGCUUGACCACCCUCGUGUACAUGGAAUGGCACGUGCGUUUGCGUGACUGCCCUCGUAUACAUGUUAUUACACUUGUGUUAUGACCACAUGUGUGUACACCAGAUGUGAUCAGGACACCUGGUGGUGGCUGUGGGGGCGCACCUGUGACAGAGUUCCGGGUGAAUGAGUUUACGGUCGUCACAACUAUUCAGAGGAGCCUCUCUCCGUCAACCCCAGCGCUGUAUGGUGAUACAUCUUGAGAACUACCUUACCAUCGUCUCUCUCUUGGUCCUCUCAUCUUCCUCAGUCCUCCCUCCCCUCCACUCCUUCUCAUUCAUUCAUUUUAAAUACUUAAGACUCGUCGAGUGUCAUUGUAAGGUCAUGAUCAGUGAUGACAUGAGGGGGGGGGGGGGGAGUAGGUGCUAGUAAGUCAGGACGAGCGUAACAAUAGUACUCACACUGCUGCCCCAUAUUCCCCAUGGCCAAGCUGAAUGUGUUGAGUUUUUACAUUUAAUUAUAUUAACGGAAGUUGAUGGUGUUGAAUACGCCAUCAAAUAUAUCCAAGAAAAUGUUAUUCUUUGAUAAUUAAUAUAAGUUAUUUCGGGUGUGCAAUGGUUGGUUGCUGUCCUCUACCUUGAGGUUACCUUGAGGUGAUUUCGGGGCUUAGCGACCCCGCGGCCCGGUCGUCGACCAGGCCGCCUCGUAGCUGGACUGGUCAACUAGGCUGUUGGACGCGGCUGCUCACAGCCUGGCGUAUGAGUCACAGUCUGGUUGAUCAGGUAUUUUGACUUCGCGAACGGAGAAAAAAAAUAGUUGUGUAAAUCAAGGCGGCUCGCAAACAUUCACGUUUUCUAUGCGUGGUCGAUAGGUUAGUUAAAUUCGAUCGUUUUAGCACACCAUUUUCUGUCCCUUAUGGCAACUCGAGAGGAUGGGUGUCCUGGCUGUGUGUGAGAGGGUGUUGUAAGUUUCAUUUUAGCGUAAUACAUUGGUUGUAUUGGAGUGUGUGAAAGCGUGCGCAAGGUCAGUUAUAUGGUAAGUUGGUAGUUUGGUGGGGAGGGGGGUUGGUGACUUGUUACGUGAGAAGGCUGGUAGCCACGCUGCCUUGUAACCAAAUGAGCGCCUGUGGACGUUAACAAUUCCCAAGUGUCUACAACUGGCAGAAUGAGGGUUAAAAUUAUCGGGUCCAGCCACAACUGUCAGGAUUCAAAUUUACAAUUCACAACGCCACUUACAAGCUAACCGGGGGCAGAUCAUCCAUAUUUCAUCCCGCAUGGUAUCCUUGCUGUAGUGUGGGUCGGACAACAUUCGUCGAACUGCUAGAAUCAUUCUCCAAAAACACCAGUCCAUGUAACGUCCGCGAGACGUUAUCUACAAACAAAAACUUGUUUUUGUGUGUUUGUACAUGUUUGUCGGCGGUUCCUGCCCCUUGCCGACAUGAUACAGCGUGGUAAGGUGCCGUGGAGCCUGAGUGACACUAGAAGUUGUGUUAAGAUGGUGGGCAAGUCCCUACAAGGACGGUACUCUACUAGGUUCUGUUGGAACCAGUGUUUUUUAAAUUUGGCGAGGUUCAGGGAAGUGAACGCUGGCUACUCCAGCCAAAUUAGAUAGAGUUAAACCAGAGAGAGACUGGGUUCUGACAAGACGUGGUUGAGUCACCAAGAGCCUUGCAGAUGAUUGCUGGUAGUGGGACGUGGAUGAUCAUGCCACCCAUGACAGUCUUGCAGGUGGUGGGUGGUCGUAGUCAAGCAGAGCCUUGUAGGUCGUGGCUGGCAGCGGAAAAUAGGUAUUCGGGCCACACUUAAACUUCACAUCUCGCCAUGUGUAGCAAAUGUCGCCUUGGUUUACAAAAUUCGCAAAACUUUAUCUUCUCGAGAAAGUUGGCCAUAUUUUUUAUACCUUUUCAGUGGUGUGAGACUGAGACAGCAAAUGACUUGGCAGCAGCUUGCAGCAUUCUGGACUUGAAGCGCUUACAAGUGAUAAGAGUUCAAGUACAGUAAUGCACCCUCCCCUUCCAGUAGCUUCAUGUAGCGACAUGGGGAUUUAAGCCCCAGAGAUACUAACGUGUUGAGUAGCUUCCGCUAGCAGCGUUGAGAGGCCAUUCAAUGUCACAUGCUUACAACACCGUAGUACGAUGAAAAUUUGGUCAAUUUAGAGAAGCCCCUAUUUUAGUGUUGCACAUACGGGAAACCUAUUGAGGGAUGGGCCUACAAUGUCAGGUUGCGUGUCUCCUCCCUGGAGGCAACCGUCCUGCGAGACGCGGAAGACCUUGACCAAGACAGCUGAACAAUACAUGUGAUACGGCUCGCCAGCUGACCACUCAAGGAGUCUCUGGCCCCACACAGUAGGAGGCGCUGACGGUGGGAUGGUCAGGUGAGCCGGUUGCGUCAAAACAAUAACUCAUAACUAAAAAGACGCACGCUAAAUGUCCCUCUUUCUCUUCUCUUUCUAUAUAGAGUUAAAUGUAUAUGCUAUUUUUCUUGAUGACUAUGAGCAAGUGACUGGCCAAAGUCCUGUACAAAUUGUAUUAUAGACUCACGGUUAUAAUUAAUGAUGCUUAUGUAAAUAGAUAUUUUCCUGUA